UCACAUUUACUUUCUUUCCACUCCAGGAAGAGCAAUGCAUAUGGAUUAGGAUGGAGACUGAGGGACUAUGAAUUCCGUGCUGAGGAGGGCAGCUAAAUAUAUCAAAUGAACAAAUGUAUGAAUAAAUAAAUAAUUAAAUAUCUAAUCAAACUUGCUUCUGAGCUCACGAGAAGCAAGAGGAGAAACGAUGGUGGUAGCUAAGCAGCUCCCAGCCCAUUUAGGUUGCCCCUGGGCCUUGUUUCCAAAGUUUCAAAAAAAAAAAAAAAAAAAAAAAGCAUGAGCCUCUAUGCAGGCUUACAGUUCAACAUAACUGUUUGAAGAAUACUUUGGGGAACUCUGGGAGCUGCGUACUUAAAUUUAAUAAAUGGAAGAAUUUCUAUAUUCUAAAGGAAACAUGAAAGCAAGAAGUGUACGUAAUUAUUUUGGCCUCUUCCUGCCUUUCACACUAGCCUGAGCUUUGGAUAAUAUCUUUCCUUUCAUCCGGAUUUGCUUUAUUCCUAUAUUAGAUGGAUGCUUUCAGUAUGAUUUGGAAUUGCUUCAGCAUUUUUAAUCAACGGUGGAUUGUUUUGAAUAGUUGAGAAAACAUCCCAUCUAUAGACUAUAUUGAAAUGCUAUUUUCUACUGUGCCAUGGACUAGUGCAUAUUUAAAACACUGAGAGCCCUAGAUUUAUGUUUGAUAACCUGGGGCAAGAGACAUAAUGUCUGGCAACAGAGUAUGUUUUUGAGGAGGAAGUACAGUACAUGGGGAAUCUUCCAGUGCUCUGGCAAUAGUUUUCACUUUCCCUGUCCUUAUUUAACCUAGUGUCAAACUCUGCUUUAUUUAGAUUGACUAUUGUGUCAAAUGGAAAAGGAAAAACAAAAGUUCAUUUCCAUCCUAUGUUCUCAGUUUUAUUGGGACUGCAUCUCCCAUCACAGCUAGGAGGCAUUGGGAAAGCAGGCUUGGGCAGAGCAUCUGGAGAUCCACUUCAUGGUAUAUCCUCUCUAUCCAGUGUAUUAAUCUAUGUCUUAUCCUAUCAUCUUGUAGAAUGAUACCUCCCAUGAGCAAGACCUUCCUGGUCAACAACUUGGCUGCGGGGACGAUGUACGACUUGUGUGUCUUAGCAAUCUAUGACGAUGGCAUCACCUCCUUGACAGCUACUCGCGUGGUGGGGUGCACCCAGUUCACGACAGAGCAGGACUACGUGCGCUGCCAUUUCAUGCAGUCCCAGUUCCUGGGUGGGACCAUGAUCAUCAUAAUCGGAGGGAUUAUCGUGGCUUCUGUCCUGGUCUUCAUCAUCAUCCUCAUGAUUCGCUAUAAGGUGUGUAACAACGGCGGGCACCACAAGGUGACCAAGGUCAGCAACGUUUACUCCCAGACCAACGGGGCUCAGGCCCAGGGGUGCAGUGGAGCCGUCAUGCCCCAGUCUGGGUCCAAGCAGGCCGUGGGGCAUGAGGAGAGCCUGCAGUGCUGCAAAGUCAGCAACGACAGUGUGGCACAGUCGUCGGAAGCCUGCUGCAGCCAGGACUCCUCCACUGCUACCUCCUCUUUGCCUCCCAUGUGGACUCCUGGCCCUCCCACUUCCCAAAAGCUGAAGCGUAAGUCCAUGCCAAAGCCCAGCAGUGAUCCUCCACCGCCAAGCGAAGGUGCCGCUACCAGCCUAGAAUCCCAGAACACUAAUCGCAACAACUCAACUGCUCUGCAGUUGGCUAGCCAAACCCCAGACUAUGCCAAAGGGGGCUCCCAGUACAAAAGAGCACAAGCCAAGUCAAAAGCUGGCAGUAGCCUGAAGAGUGCUUGCCUGCCUCCUCAGCCUCCUGAAAACGUGGCCACUAAUGUUUGCACGCGACAAAAAUCCAUUCGAUUUCAACUCACCGAAGAUUGAUAGGGCCAAAUUUUGAUCCACCAGCAGGAACUUCACACCUGGUGCCUCAGGCCUGCUUCAAGAAUCCAGAGACCAGAGAUGCUGGAGUCUUCCCCAUUUUUCUUUGUGGAAUUCCUUUCCCCCUUUUCCUCUUUUCUUUUCUCCACCCAAAUCCUCCCAGCAAGUGUCUUUUUCUGGCCUUCAGGACUUUUGGGGGGCAGGGAGGGAGUCUGUUAAAGCAAAUAACAGAGAGAGGGAGCUGAGCUGAACCCUGACCUCUGUUUUCCAUAUUUGUGGUUUCUGGUGGUGGUGGUGGUGGUGGUGGUUGAAUUCACAAACUGUAAAAUGCUCCAUUAUGUCACACCACCCCUCAAAAUAAAUGUUUUAAUAUGAACAUUUGCAUAGUGAUUUGUUCAUAAAAAGAACAGUAUUCCAGAAAAAACUAAUAUUGCCAGGGACUCCACUUCUUUCCUGCACAAGUUAUGUCACUUGGAUAUAGCUUGAGGCUUUGAAGGAUCCACUUUCUCCAUGAGGCUGGUAGGAUGCCGA